CACUGCCGCCGAUUUUUCCCGGCAAAAGCUAUAAGAGGUGCUGGUACCUGCGGAUUGUUUGCAGUGAUGUGGAAACGGUUUUAUUUUGUGACACUUGUGCUGUGGGUCCCGGCCCUGUCAAAAUUCUCACCGGAAAGUGUCAUCAAUAAGAUUCUUGACAGGUUGGGGAAGAGUCUGGAGUACGUCUCGGAGCACCAUGAUAAGAUCAACGUGGACUGUUUGUUCGGGGUGGUUUUGGCUGGAGCGAUUCUGGAUGACACGGUGGGGUAUCCAGGGCCGUACCAGGAGCGGGCGAGGGCAAUGAAGGCAAAGACGAGGGAGAUCUACGCCAAGACGGUGCCUCUGAUGCAGAAGCAGACGUACUGGAAUUAUUUCGCCAAGCACGUCGUCGUCCCCCAGCUCUGGUCCAAACUCCUCAAAUACAAAUUCUCCGAAUUCCGCAUGGCCUACGCCAUGAAGAGCCGCGUCGAAGCCCUCUUCUCCAUGAAAACCUACGAGAACUACAGCGAAGGCUUCUCCGACCAGUGCCUCUCCUCCGUCAUCAACAGCACCCUCAACCUCAAACCCAAAACCAUCUGCCGCUUGAGCCCCAAAUGCGAGCAGUUCGUAGAAAGCCUGGAAAAAGGCUCCGGCUACAUCCUCACCCACAAACUCCUCCUCCUCCAGGUGGCCCGCGUCCGCAAGUGCACCAUGCACCCGAAGAUCCUCUCCACCGCCAUCAAGAAAGUCUGCUCCACCAUCUACACCGAAACCAUCAGCGUGGAGUACUUCAUGAGCCUGGACGACAUCUUCGACUUGUUCUUGGAGCAAACGCUGCUGUGUGGGUACGAGGGGUUCGCCGAUUUUUUGAAAAUUCCGUGGCUGGAGAAGAUUUUCGAGGUGCAGCAUGACACGGGGUGUUUUCCUGUUGGUGUGGAGAGGAGGGGGAAGAGGGAGACCAACGAGUGGGCGGAUGGGUGUGCGGAUCACACCACUGGGUUGGGGACGGCGGUGUUGAGUUUGUAUCUCAACUAUAUUAUUAAAAAUACCGAAACGAUAGUACUCACGUCUGAGUGGUUUUAGUAUAGCAGAUGUUUUUGUUUGUGCUGAUACUUGAAUAAAGUUUAUUAGGUGG